AUGAACCGAAGAAACAUUCGGAAGUUCGGCAGUCAUCGGCGACAGGCUAACCAACAUCCCCUCAUGCGACCACGUGGCCAAUGCCAAGUCGAGGCUGUUUUCCAACUCCCCGUGUUCCAUCUGGGGCAUGACGGCCACGAACUGCCGAGCGCAAAAUAUGAAAUUACAAACAUUGGAACGAGCUGUGCUCGCAAAGAUGCUGAUCUAACGGGAAGAAAAGGGAAGCCCAACUCGUUCAACUACCGCAUGUACCUGCGCUCGGAGCAGGGCCCCGUGUCGCCCUUCCACGACGUGCCGCUCGUCGUCGACCUGGAGGGCAGCGAGGUCAACAUGGUGGUGGAGCUGCCGCGUUGGAGCAACGCCAAGAUGGAGGUGAACACGCGCGAGCCGCUCAACCCCAUCAUGCAGGACAGCACCCGCGGCCGCAUGCGCUACCUGGCCAACGUGUUCCCGUACCACGGCGUGCCCUGGAACUACGGCGCGCUGCCGCAGACGUGGGAGAACCCGCACCAGGUGCUGGGCGCGCUGGCGCUGAUCGACCAGGGCGAGUCGGACUGGAAGAUCAUCACCAUCGACACGAGCGACCCGCUGGCGCCGCUGCUGCAGGACAUCGCGGACGUGGACCGGCUGCGGCCGGGCCUGCUGUCCGUCACCGUGGACUGGUUCCGCAUGUACAAGAUCCCCGACGGCAAGCCCGAGAACAACUUCGCGUUCGAGGGCAAGGCCAAGGGCCGCAUGCUGGCCAUGCGCAUCGUGCAGGACAUGCACCGCAACUGGGCCGAGACCAUCAAGAAGCGCUCGCGCUCCGGCGGGCUCGUGCUCACCAACACCACGGUGCGCGGGUCGCCGUACCGCAUCAGCUUCCGCGACGCGGAGGACAUCAUCUCGCGCCACGCCGUGCUGGCGGCGCCGCGCCCCAUCCCCGCCUACGUCGACAACUGGUUCUUCCUCGGCGACAGAGAACUGGGCAAGCAGCAGUCGGUGUCUCAGAGGCACAAGUAGCUGGGUCUUCGCCGCCGUCGCCGUCCACGCCUCCAACGCACCCCACGCGGCGCGCCUUCGUGCGCUUUACUUUUGUACCAUGGGUUGUUUGCCUAUUUAUUUUUACAAGGAAAACAAUGAGCACUGCGUGUAACGUUGUGAACUUCUUUGCCGAAUAAGGUGAUCGCCGCAGUAUUUACUCGUGAGGAAAUUCAACGAAAAAUUUAUUCGGAUUUGAAGGGGAAUGACAUUUCUGGACGUUUAGGCGUAUUAGUACGUCUACAGAUCGAAUUAACGUAUAGUCGUCGCACCUGGGAACUUGUUGGAAACCCAGCAGAGCACCAAAGUUUAGCAGUGAGGCUUACUUGGUAAUUGGAGAAAGUAAGGUUGUAAUUGCUUCCACUAUCAGCCAGAAUCGCCUGCCGGUUUAGCUCAUAAGUCAACGUGCUCGGUUUUCAUGACGCAACGCAAGGUCAGGCAAGAUAAUGGUGUGCACUUUCCUUGCAAUGUUCCAGUAUAUGUUGCUGUUUGUCCAUGAGAAAACUCACUUCUCUGGAUGAGAAGACCAAAAUACGGCGUGGGGAUAUUUUCAUGCCAACCACACGUACCAUGUACCCCCUUUAAGCCACGGCUGCGAGCCCGGGAAGGGGCGACGCGCCAUGUACAAUCAGAAUUAGAUGCGGGACUAACAAGAUCUACAAAUAACUCAACUUGUUUUAAAUUACUCAGCCCCACGUAGACUCAUGGGUUUUGUUUUGGUAGUAAUAGUAGUAAUAUUUUCAUUGAAUGAAAUUAAUAUAUCUACCACGUGUUUGAUGUUAGGCUUAUCGUGACAGUCACUUUCACUUCUUGAUCUUCUU